AUGAAACCUUUCCAAUUCCUUAGUGCUAUCAGUUGGCUUGCUCUUGUCGGGGCCCAGACUUUCCCUUUGAGGAUACGCAACCCCGGCACCACAUCCUCCAUCACGGCAACCCAGUUCGGCACCGUCUUCGAUGUUCCCAUCACGAUUGGCAAUCAGACCUUCCAGGCGCUGGUUGAUACCGGGAGCAGCGACACCUAUGUGAUGCGAAACAGCUACAAAUGUAUCCAUCCGAAGACCUCUUUAGAAAUCCCCCAGAAGCACUGUCUCUACUCCAACCACACCUACCAUGUCUCCAAAACCUACCGCCAGGUGCCGAACGAGAACUUUGGUAUCAAAUACGGGGCAGGGAUUGCCAGUGGGGUGAUGGCCCAUGAAGAUGUCACGCUGAAUGGCAUCACGGUCAAGGGCCAGAAAGUCGGCAUUGCAGACCGUUCGAACCCGAUGGGCGAUGAGCUCAACAGUGGGCUCCUGGGUUUGGCGUACCCAUCGAUCACGUCGGCCCAUCCGGGCAACCACUCGGAUAAUACCACAUACUGGUAUUACCGCCGGCCUUAUGACCCGCUGCUCUUCAGCAUGCACAAGCAGGGCCUGAUUGAUCCCUAUUUCAGUAUUGCCCUGGCCCGCACGUCUCCCAACGCCUCCACUGGCUUCGGGGGCUACUUGACCCUGGGUGGUCUCCCGCCCGUCAAGCACAGUCCCGAAUGGUCCGUGGUCCCAGUCGAGAUCACCGAGGGAAUCCCAUUGAACUACACGUCGGGCCAGCGAGUUCGCUCGUACUGGACAAUGACGGUCAGUAGGGUAGUCUACGGCGCGUCGGCAAACAAGCGGACCACCAACACGACCUCCUUCCAAGCGUUUGUCGACGUGGGAAACUCCGUUUCCGUUCUGCCCGCGGGCCUUGCAAAUCCCAUCAAUGCCGCCUUUUCGCCGCCAGCGGUCUUUGAUCCGAAGUCGAAGAUGUACAUCGUCGACUGCAACGCGAAAGCUCCAGAGUUCGGGUUGACGAUUGGAGACCAGACGUUCUUCCACAGGGGCGCUGAUAUCAUUUACAAGGUGGACGAGAAAACCUGCAUAACUGCCAUUGCCAGUUCAGACACUGCUGGGAUUCCGGGGUUGCCAAUCAACAUCAUUGGGGCGGCGUUCUUAAAAAAUGCCGUCUCUGUCUUUGACUUUGGGAAGAAUGAGAUGAGAUUUGCAAAGCUGCUGGAUGUGAAGAAACACUAG